GACAUCAGGAAAUCUGGGUUCUCAUCUUGAAUCUCACGCUCCAUGAAAUUCCAUUCACGUGACAUGAAAUUCCCAUCCCUAGAAAUAUCCCACUUUUAGUAAACUCUUACCAUGGCUACCAUGCCUCGUGGUGUUUGCAAAGGCAAAGAGCUGGGACAAACAUGAGUCAGACAUCUUUCCACAUUUCUGAACCAUUUAGUACUUGCAGCCCUUGGCAGCCACACACUGCUCUGACUCUGGGUUCCUGCAUGGUUUGUGUCUCUGUAUUGCACUGGCCAGCUCAGUUUUUAAUAAAAGUCAAAGCCAAAUUAAAAAUUGUUGCUCUGCACAAAAGGGCUCAUUGAGUACAUGUUAUGUUUUAGAUCAGAAAGCAUUUAACUGGACUCAAUUAAGAAAAAAAAAACCUCUUUUGGUUUCUGGUUCAACAGAUACAGUUUCAGUUUUGCUUUUAAUCUGCAAGAUCAAUGCAAAGCCUUCUGUGGUGCUGAUAUGAGAUCAGUGUAAUUUUACCCUUAAUAUCUUUGUAACUCUGCUAACACCAAGUUCAUUUUCUGAUGUGUGUCUGGAGCAUGGGGAGCAACUAGCUUUCUCUUCUUACACAUCAGCCCUAGUUCUACCCACAAGCUUAGAAUCAUACCCCACUUUUAGACUCUAAUCCAGCCUUUUGUGAAUUAUUUGGAAAGUUCUGAUGCUGUUUCUGAGAAGUAUAUGAGUCCACUUGUGCCCCUGGUUUUGUCUUACCUUUGGCAAGGUAAGUCUGAUUUUUGGUUUUGUUGUCUUAAAGCUAUGCAAAAGGAAUGAAAACCGAUAGAUCCCAUUGAAGGACAAAAUUCACAGCAAGUGUAGAAACAGAGCUUCAGAAGAAAAGUCCUCAGCUGAUUUAACCUGAGUUUAAGUAAUUCUUUGACCACUUCCUCCCCUGACAGAAUCACUACUGCCUAAGUAGAAAUAAAUCUGUGCGUCAGUCACUGUUUAUCACACCUGAGGCUCCUGUAAUCUCUAAGCAGAAGAAGUUAAAAAAGGGAGGUUUUAUUACAGGACUUAUCUUGGUGAAUCAGAGAAAACAAUUUCAUGCUUAAAAGAGCUGACUGAAUUGAAUGAAGGCAAAACUGCUUAAGGGAAUGAUAUCAGUUGGCUUUUUUUCCAGUAGCUAGAUGCAGGUAUUUCAAAACAAAACUGAGGAACCAAGCAAGAAGAAUUGCUUGGAUGUUAUAGACUCAGAAUGGCAGCACAGUCACAAACAGCAAUAGCAAGGGCUAGGUAGGCACCUCUGUGAUGCAGAGAAAGGUGCUGUUUGGGGAAAGGUAUUACUUGUGGAAUUAGCAGUACCCCCAGUUAUCUGGGUGAAAUGAUAACAGCUGACAUAAUUUUCUCAAGAGAAUUUGGAGUUUGGAUGACUAACAAAACCCACAUAAACUCUAUCAACUUGUUCUCGUGGUAUUUGUUCAGAUGGUGAAUAAGUGUUUCUGUGUUGCCAUGCUGACUCAGCAUAAUGCUGCCCAACCGUUUGGGGCUCCUGGGAUCCACUGGAUUACUGAAGACUUCAAAGGAAGGGCUGCAGAUUCUGCUAAGGGACUUUUCCUUACUCUAGUCAAAAGACUGAUUGCAGCAUGUGUACAGUGGCACUGGGUCAAAUAGGGAAUUUCUUGGCCUACACUGCAGUCCCAACUGUGCUAGUGACACCCUUGGGAGCUCUUGGCGUUCCAUUUGGGUCCAUCUUAGCUUCUUACCUACUGAAAGAGAAACUGAACAUUCUUGGCAAGCUGGGAUGUUUGCUAAGCUGUGCUGGGUCUGUUGUUCUCAUUAUCCAUUCCCCAAAGUCCGAGAGUGUAACAACUCAGGCUGAGCUUGAAGAGAAGCUUACAAAUCCAGUUUUCGUGGGUUAUCUCUGCAUAGUGCUGCUAAUGCUUCUCCUGCUUAUCUUCUGGAUAGCUCCAGCUCAUGGACCUACUAAUAUUAUGGUUUACAUCAGUAUUUGCUCUCUGUUGGGCAGUUUUACUGUUCCCAGUACAAAAGGCAUAGGGCUGGCUGCUCAAGAUAUCUUUCACAAUAACCCAUCAAGUCAAAGGGCUCUGUACCUCUGUCUGGUGCUUCUGGCAGUAUUAGGAUGUAGCAUUAUCAUUCAGUUCAGAUACAUCAAUAAGGCACUGGAGUGUUUUGACUCCUCUGUGUUUGGUGCCAUCUACUACGUUGUGUUUACCACCCUAGUCCUGCUGGCUUCAGCCAUCCUUUUCAGGGAAUGGAGUAAUGUAGGAGUCGUAGAUUUUUUGGGCAUGGCUUGUGGAUUCACCACAGUAUCUAUUGGAAUUGUUCUUAUACAAGUCUUCAAGGAAUUCAACUUUAAUAUUGGAGAUUUAAACAAGCCUAACAUGAAGACAGAUUAAAAUAAUUUUGUGGGGAAACUGGAUGGCUCAGGGAAGGAUGCAGAGCUGUUCAUUUCUAGGUCACUGUUUCAAAUAGGAUUCAGGCUGGUAACUACCCUCUGACAAUUUGGUGGCCUAUGUGAAAUGAAUUGGAGGCCUCCAUCCAGUUUCAAAGGAACAGCUGUCCAUGUAACCCAGUCAACACAAUAAAUGACCUUAAUUGGAACUACUGAUUGAGUCAGCAUAGAGACCAAUGUAUUUCCUCACUGUAAAAGGUAGUCCAUCAGAAAAGCUCUGUGAAUAUUCUGACAGACCUGUGUGAAAGCUUGUUUUGUGUCUUCUGAGGUACCAUUUCUGUGGGCAGAGGACAUCAGUUUCUAAUGCACUCAAUCUGAUACCUUUCAUCAUAAGUGAUGUAUACCUUAAAAUAAGAGGGGGAAAGUAAGUGGAACAAUUUGUGAAUCUCAGUAUAGCAAUGUCUUCACCGUCAAGGCUGUGAAUUCUCAGACAAAUGUUGGUUGGAUCAUGGGCUGCAGAUUUGUUCUUUUUAGUGGCUGUCUUGGCAACUUUGUCUGCCAUGCGGUGAAGACAUGGGGGAGUUUUAAAUUGAAUUAUUUAUACAGAGCAGUGGACCCUUACAUAUCUUUCACUAAUUACUUAUCAGCUCAUGGUAGUGUCCAGGUAUGCAUUUCUUUGUAACUUACAUUCAUUAAGACAUACUGCAUUCAUCUGAGAGUUUUUAAUUAGGAGCAGGUAGAAAGACUGUGAAGGAUGCGGAAAUGAUGCACAGAUUCAUUGCCUACAUGGUGGCUUAUCUGUAAGCAGCUCAGAACUGUUUCAGUGCCUUUGCAAUCAAAAAAUACUGCAUAAUUGUGAAUGUAUUUGUUUCAGAUGGCCUAUACUCGUUUAAUAAUUCAAUUUCACUGUAUACAAUAUUGGACUAUAUUAAAAUUCUAAACACAUAAAGCAUCUAGAAGGACCAUGUGUUUUUGGAAGAAUUUACAAACCUGAACUGAAACCCCUGGAUGCCUUGACAGCUUCUGAAAAACUCAUAGUCCUAAUGCGAAGAGGAGUGUUGAAAUCAGUCCAGCCUACCUUUAUUUUAGUUAAAUGACUAAAUGCAGGAGACCAUUUAUGUGAAACAGCUGAUAAAUAGGGACCACAAAAAAAAAAAAAAAGAAAUUAAAGAGAGAGAAGAGCAUGAGAUUUUCAUAACUCAAAAAAGAUGAUCUGAUAUUCUUGUUACCUGUGAAAAACUGAAAAAACUAAAGUAUUCAGAGAGCUGAGUUUUAGGCAACUGAUAGGGACAUUCAGGUUGGUAAUUCAUAGACUUGUGUGAACAGUUCAGUUGUAAUAUUUUCACAAGUAGUACAGACAGCUUAAGCUAUGACAGGGUAAGUCCAAACAGCUCUGUUUAAACCAUUUAGAGAACAUUAGUAUAUUAAAGAAUGAAAUAGUUAAUUUCAUGUUCUACUUAUAUUUGGUGGCAAAAACAUCAUGAGUCAAAAAGUUGAAAGCUUAAAAAGCAAUGAAUGUUUGUUUCCAUGUAAGUACAAAAAUGGAAGAGUAUGGUGGAACUCAACAUCUCUAGAUCAGAACAUCUCCUGAGAAAACAGAAAAUCCCAGUGUAAUUACAAGACAGUAUUUGAGAAAAUUCCCAACGCUUUAUCAAGGAAUCAUUAAUGUAGCUUUGUUCCUGCCUGACAGGAACAUGGAUGUUGAUUAGUGGGGAGUAAUAUUGUCUGCUCUUGUGAUGUUUUUUGUUGACCUGAAUUGAGGUUUCCUUAAAACUCAACUUCCAUUUUCAUUUAAAAUGAAUGCUGUAAGCCCUGCUAAUGGCAGCAAUAAUUGCAGAAGUGAAUCAAAAAGAUUUAGUGUUCUGAAGGGACUGUUCUGAGGGAGUAAAAGCCCUACUAUGUUAUUUGCAAGCUUGUUUUAAAACUCCAUAUUGCAGGGGAAUGGCUCUGAGUUGGCAGAAAUGUGCACUUAUAGGCCAGCACACAGUAACUGGGUAUCUUAAUGAAGUAGAGUAGCACUAGCAGAGAAAAUACCAUCUCCAUGGAUUUUCAAAUACUGUGCAAGGUUUUUAGAAAGUUUGAGAAUUGUAGAUGAGGGUAAUUAGGCUAUGAAAUCUGGUUAAACUAGCCUCUGUCCAUUACUGAUUGGAAGAUAGUAUCUUGGUUCUCAGCAAACACUUAUAUUUUGUCAUAUUAACUCCCUUUCUUUUGACUGAAGGUGGAAUUGCACAUAGGUUACAAGACUUGUACUAACCUACUUUUUAAAACAAUGUUAUCCAGUUUCUGAAGCAGUCAUCUUUUCAAAGUUCAGCUUCAGUGUUCAUGAGUUGUAUGUUGGUUUUGUAUUAGCCUUUAAUCUCUGAAGACUUCUAUGAAAAUCUUCAGGUUAAAAUGGAAAUCAUUGUGGUCUCAUUCCUCCUUUGGCCAUAUUUGUCUGUCUUGGUUGGUUUUAAAAUUAAUUCUCAAUUAUUUAUAAAGUGCCUGUCCUAGUACGUUAGAUGCAUAUGCAAAUUAUUAGUAAAUAUUAGGUUAAAAAUAACUUGAUUGCCCUGUCUAAACCUUGACAUUUUCUGCACCACACAAAGUUUACUUGGUAAGUGCUCACUAUGCAGAGGAAGAAUAAAGUAGCAACCAUGUUCUGUGGUCCUCUGGCCAUUGUAACCACUGAUAAAUGUCAGAAUAGUUCUCUUCUCCCUGGCUGCUCCUCAUCUGUGAUGAGCUUUCUAGAAAUGUCUAAUUAACCUUGAUGUUUAAAAUAUUUCAAAAGCCAGCACAUAAGGUGAAAGAAAUUCUCGUGGCCUUGCACAUCAUUUGUAUCUGCAGCCUUUUACUUCUUGAAUGCUAAGUAACUGAAAGCUUUAUUUUUGCUACUUUGUUCAGUGUGUAGCAGUGUUCUUUCAAGUUCUGCUGUACCUGGAUCUGGUUCAGUUCUAAGUUUAGAAAUGUAUUAGCAUUUUCUGUUGUCACUGUUGAUAUGAUUCUUUCCCCCUCCAUCCCACGCCCUCCUUUUUCUAGGUGUCCUACCUUUUUUAGUCCCAUUGCUUUUCUGAUCUGAGAGGAGGCACUGUUGAAUUUUUGCUGUUCCCCCUUUUUUUCCACACCUUUGACAAGUAAGCACUUUGAAUAAGACAGAUAUCUGAGUUCCAUCAUCUCAGGGAGCAAAUGUGCACGGUUGUCUCCUGAGCUCUGGCACCCCUCAUGGGUCGGCCCUUUUCCCAUUCUCAUUGUGUUAUAUACAUUGAUAGCUGCAAGCCAGAUGACUUCAGUUCUGAUUGCAAAGUACAAGUGGGAGAGGCUACACAUACAAAAAGCGGACUCAUUACAGUGGUGGAAUGCAUUUGAAUGACAUUCAAAUCCAUAUGAAAGGCGCUUCACUCCUAUGUCUGACUUCUGUUACACUUGUCAAACAUAUUUACAUGGUACUCACUUGAGGAUAGCUCUUUGAUCAUUAUCCCUUCAGUGUAUGGAGGAUUUGCAUUUGUCAGUCACAAUCUCUAUUAGGUGUCAACCACAAAAUUCCCUCAAAUGUUCAGUAGGAGAAUAGAAACCUUUUUGAUACAACCAAAAAAUCACAUUUGUUACACCUUAAAUACUUCUGUAAAAAAGAAAAAUAUCUAAACAAGUUAUCUGCUGUAUUGACUUUCCAGGACUCUGUAUGUGUAAAUAGAGCCUACUUAUUAGUGAGCUGCAACUAACAUUAAUAAGAACAUGUCAUAUCACAGUUCGACAAGUGAGGCUUCCUAUUAAUAAUACUGAUUUAUAUUGGAACAUAUGUAUUUUUGUGAAGCAACUAGCACUGCAAAAUCGAAACACUGGAUUAAGUUGUUGAAACACUAGAAAUGAGGUUUAGCUUUCAUUUUAUUUAGAAAAAAAAUAUAGGGUUUGUAUUUGAAGAAAUUUUGGGUUAAUAACUAGGGGAUCCUUUAAGUGGGAAUUUGCACAUUGUACCCCCCCCACACACAUUCUUGUUUCAUAAAUUUAAGACAUCAAGGAUUCUACAGAUAUUCCCCGGUUGUCUUGAAAUGGUGUAACUGCUGAAGUUUUCCUGUUAAAUCAAGCAUUAUCAAAUGUUUAUAUCUUACCUGUUAUCAUUGUAAUAAUUCUUUGGUGCUAUCUGUGGGCUUACAGAAUGCAGAAUUUUAAUGUGUACUGUGUUAAGCACCAAUGUUGUCAACAGUUAUCAUUACUAGUGCCCAAGUUAUCAGGCAGCAAUGCUGAAAUGUUACAGAUUAAGAAAUUUCUUUUUAAAAGUUGCAAAUAAGUUUCUUUAUUGUUUGUGGUUGUGUUGGGUCCUUCCAUGUCUACAUCCCUCCCCAGACAGUUGCUCUGUAAAGUGGAAAAUAUUAGAAAAUAUUACACAAAAGGGGUAUUUUUAAGUCAAUUUUUUUUAAAACUGUGGAACUUUCUCUUCCUUUUUUUUAAAUUUCCCUUUUUUGUUUCUUGAAUGUAAAAAGUAGUUCUAAUGGGAUAUAGGGAAAAGGUAGUUGGCAACAAUGUUAGGUUUGGUUGCUUCAAUGCUUUUGCAAUAUAGUUACUACAGAUUACACAAAUACGGUUUAUUUUAUUAGCUUCCAAAUAAUGUAUAUAUAGAUUUGUUAAUGGCUUACAAGUCAAGCUUACUCUCUUUGCUUUUUAAAAAAUAGUUAUAGGCAUGUUGUAUUUGCCUUGUGUAAAUUAUAAAAGGCUAUUUAUUAAGUUUUCUGAUAACUAAUCUAUUUAUUAACCUGUAUUGUUUUGAAAUAAAUGAUUUAUUUCUAGCUCA